GCGCGCUUUCACAGGAAGUGUGGUAGGGACCGCUUCCGGGUCAGGCUGCCUUCUCGGGAUCUUUGAAAUGCGGCGCCCUGCGCGGUAAUGAGCGAUGCGCUGGGUGCUACCGCUGGCCCGUAGAGUUUGCCUGGGUGCUGGGCGUCUCAGCCACGGCUGCUGCAGGCUAGGGAUGUUCUAUGCGGUGCGGAGGGGCCGUAAGACCGGGGUCUUCUCGACUUGGAAUGAGUGCAAAGCACAGGUGGACCGGUUUCCUGCCGCCAGAUUUAAGAAGUUUGCCAGCGAAGAUGAGGCCUGGGCUUUUGUCAGGAGGGCUUCGAGCCCAGAUGGCUCAGAAGAGCAGAAUGAUGCAGGGGAAUCACAGGUGAAGGCCAGCAAGCGGCCCCGGGAGCCUCUGGAUGACAGUGAAGAUGCAAGCACAGAGCCGAGCAUCAAGCUUGCGAGACAGAGCACAGAGCCAGCCCCUCUCAUUAGCAAAGACAUGUUUUCUUACAUGGGAGACUCUGUCGUUGUCUACACCGAUGGCUGCUGCUCCAGUAAUGGGCGGAGGAGGGCCCGAGCAGGAAUCGGCGUUUACUGGGGGCCAGGCCACCCUCUAAAUGUAGGCAUUAGACUUCCUGGGCGACAGACCAACCAGAGAGCAGAAAUCCAUGCAGCAUGCAAAGCCAUAGAACAAGCCAAGGUGCAGAACAUCAGCAAGCUGGUGCUGUACACUGACAGCAUGUUCACCAUCAACGGGAUCACCAGCUGGGUUCCGGGCUGGAAGAAGAAUGGGUGGAAGACGAGCACGGGAAAGGAGGUGAUCAACAAGGAGGACUUCGUGCGGCUGGAAAGGCUCGUGCAGGGCAUGGACAUCCAGUGGAUGCACAUUCCCGGGCACUCAGGAUUCCUGGGCAAUGAGGAGGCAGACAGGCUGGCCAGAGAAGGCGCCAGGCAGUCUGAGGAGCAAGGAGAGUUGCUGAGCACCCAGGACGCAUGAGCCAGGCUGUGGUGACCUUUAUUCCUGGUGUGCACCAUAGGCCCCCUGGCUGCUGCAAGUAGACAGAUGCAGCCUCCCACCAAGACCAAG